AUGUCGAAGACAGAUUGGUUGCUGGCGAAGAAGACGGCGAGAGAAGAGCGGGGCAUGAUAGGCACCGGUGAUGACAACGACGACAGAUAUUUGGCUAUUCGUGGGUACGGCGUUGGAAAAGCGGAGGAGAUCGAGGAGAAUCGAGAUGUUGAGCGAGCUGUUGUCGUGGCCGGCGACCUAUUCAAGCCUUACGAUUACCAUUACGACGUUCUCGAAGUCCUGAAAUUUCUCAUGCCAACCCUUGCGUGCCUCCUCGAACACCGCGAUGCUGCCGACGGAAUUGUGAAUCUGUCACCAAAAAAGGUUAUAUUUUGGGCACGAACAGAAAGGAUUCUUGACCUGUACCUGACAGAGCAACUGGUUGGACCAAAGACUUCCUACGAGGAUCGAAUGGUGUACUACAAGACAUUCCUGGAGGAGGGCGCGCGAAACAUGAUCAUCGGAAGAGCUAUUCUGAAGUCGCACAGAAAGAGGUCGAUGGAGGAGGACACAGAGUACAUCGUCCAUUACCGACAUAAGAAGUUCAUAGAUCAUUACCUUGUUGAUGCAGAGUGGCGGCUGGCUAAGCGCCGGGAAGAGGUACGCCUUCGCCUCAAAUUGGCAUUCCUACGCGGCUUCUCUCGGGAGCAGCAGCGAGUUGCCAUCAUGCUCCCGUAG